AUGGUUGAAUACCACUUGGAAGAUCAUGAGUGGUUAGGUUAUACGUACAAGAUAAGGGAUAAGUGGAUUCCGGCGUAUUUCAGAGAUGUGUUCCUUGGAGGAAUAAUGCGUACAACAUCAAGAUCUGAAAGCGAAAACAACUUUUUCUGCUCCUUUAUCAAUCCUCAUGUGUCACUUGUUGAGUUUUACUUGAGAUAUGAAGCUGCUAUUGAUGCCCAGAGACAUACUCAAGGUCAGAAUGAUAAUGAUUCAAAGCACAAAUAUCUUGAGUGCAAAACACCACUGGGGAUAGAAAAGCAUGCCUCACAUUUAUAUACUAACUCUGUCUUUUAUGAAUUUCAAUAUGAGCUAUUUUAUAGGCAAGGAAUUCCAUGUAGACAUAUGAUUUGGGUUUGGAAAGAAAAAAGGUUUGAAACCAUUCCUGAGCAGUAUAUGCUACACAGACGGACUACUAUGGCACUGAAAAAACCAAUUUUUGACUUGGGUGGAAACCUGUUGGAGCAAUGUGCUAAUUUAAUUGACAAGAAAAAAUUGUUAAAUGAUUUAUGGUCAGAGAUACACACUUGUGUAAGUUUGGCAGAAGGCAAUGAUGAAGAUAUUCAAGACCUUGUGAUAAAUCUUCAAGGAAUAAGAAAGGAUUUGGAGGCUAAUAGGAUUGCAAGAAAUAAUGAAACAACAGCUGGAAGUGCAAAUAACAAAGGACAAGACAUUGAACUAUUAAUUGGAGCUAAUGUGCCAACUGAAAUAAUUGUCAAACCUCCAAAAAUUUCAAAGAAUAAGGGGACUGGAGUUCAUGUAUCAAAUGAAGAGACUUCAAAAGAGAAAGGGGCUGAGAUUGAUGUGCCAAAUGUUGAAACAAAAGUGGAGAGUACAUGCAGUGGAGUUUUGUUAUGUGCUGAUAUACUGGCAAUAGCUGCCUGA